CGUUUCCAGGGGGCGGGGUUGGGCGGCGCACUGUGAGGCGCCAAGAUGGCGGCGCUUGUCCCGCGCUGUCCCGUCGGGCUGCGGCUCCUCAGCAGCCGCUUCUCGCACCGCGCCGCCACCGGCAGCGAGUUCCGCAGCGCGUACAGCCUGGAGCAGCUGUACCCAGCGCGGGACGGCGGCAGCUCCGGACACACGGCGCAGCCCCAGCCCGCGGCCCUCAGCAUCCCCAUGGACCGGCUGACUGUGUCCUACAGCCGGAGCAGCGGCCCCGGGGGGCAGAACGUUAACAAAGUGAACACCAAGGCAGAAGUCAGGUUCCACCUGGCAACAGCAGACUGGAUCCCAGAGGCUGUAAGAGAAAAAAUGGCAUCAAUGCACAGAAAUAAGAUAAACCGAGCUGGUGAGCUGAUCGUCAACUCCGACCAGAGCCGCUACCAAAUGAGGAACCUGGCGAUUUGUUUGGAAAAGAUCAGAGUCAUGGUCACAGAAGCUACUGAGAAGCCCAAGGUGGUGUCUAAGGAGACAACACAGCAACUCAUAGCCAGGGUAGAAAAAAUGAACCGUGAACGAUUAAGACAGAAAAAGAUACACUCAAAUAUAAAGCAGAGCAGGAAGGCGGAUUUCGACUGAGAGCAGCAGAGAUGGAAGGAUUUCACGUACCUUUGUAAGAGAAUGUUGUUGGUGCUGUAGAUGGUACCAAACUGAGCUGGAUAACGGCUGUCUGCAAAUGUAAAUAAAAAACAUGCUCAGAA